GUUUUAGCCGCAGUUGCGUUCGGUUCAUCAAUGUCAUAAAUUUGCAUAGCAUUUUCCUAUUUGCCAUUUUUUUGUUGGUAUUAUUUUUCGUCUUACAUAAUGUCUUGGAAAUUUGUGGUACAGCCAAAAGCGGGCACCGAAACAGCCUUAGAGGCUUGUGACUAUUUUGUUGAUGAGGUCAUUGAGACGUCUGGAACGCGUGUCUUGGAUGCCCGGGAGGAGGUACGCCAGAUUAAGCAUGGAGAGCUUCGAGGCGCUGUUACAGCCGGGGAUGAGCGUACAGUGCGCGUCCUGCUGUCUGCCUUGGGAAGUGAGCGUCAGAUUAUAGUUAAUAUGGCACCAGCUGGAGCAAACACAUUGCUUUUUAUAUCCUGUCUGUCUGGCUAUGAUAAAAUUACGCAACUUUUGGUGGAUGCUGGAGCCGAUGGGCGGUCACAUGCCGUGACUAAGUACUCGCCCCUCUAUGCAGCCGUCCAUAGUGGACAUUUGUGCAUUGCUAAGCUUAUGCUAGAGCGGUUCCCGGAACUGAUUCAACAGCCGACAGUGGAGAGAUGGCUGCCAUUGCAUGCAGCCUGCAUCAAUGGACACAUUAAGUUAUUGGAACUGCUAAUAAAUUACGAAUAUCCCGAUUACCUCUAUCAGACAUAUCGCGACGAUGAGGGCCAGUGGGAGUGGCGUCUGCCAUUUGAUGCCAAUGCUCAGGAUGUUACAGGACAAACGAGUCUGUAUAUAGCCAGCAUAUUGGGCAAUAAGCAAUUGGUGGAAGUCUUGCUCAAAUGGCAGCUUAACUGCCGUCGCACUCAGGGGGAUUCGUCGUCGACGCCAAUUACUCCCAUUUCACCCACCAGGAAACGCAUUUCAUUUGGAAUCCAGGCAAUUAUGUCGAAACUGCACAUAUCUGGCGAUGGAGAUGCCUCCCUUGAGGCGUCUGGUGCACAAGAAGCUACCAAAUCGCAUCGUUGUCCUCUCAAUGUCAAUUUAUUGUGUGGAGCUACACGAGAGACUGCUUUACUGGCCGCCGUUCGUGGUGGACAUCUAGAAGUGGUGCAGUUAUUGCUCCAACAUCAUGCCGAUCCCAACAUUGUGGCUAAGCCGGUGGAGGAUCAGAAUGAUCCAAAAUGCAGCGAAGAGAUUUAUGGGCUAAGCAAUGUGCCGAUCGUUGAGGCUUGUAAGCAGCGCUCUUUGCCGAUGUUAAAUUUGCUGCUCAAGUAUGGAGCACAGGACGAAAAAGGAUUGGCCAUUGGCUUGGCCAUUGGCGGAGAUGAUGAGGCUAUUUUAAGCCGAUUGUUAGCCCGACGCGUUCACCCCGACUCGGACUAUAAGAUUAACAAAAAGGGCCUUCCCACGCCGGUGGAGGUGAAUGUGUUCCUGCCAUCCAGCAGUAAUAUCUCGUAUAGCGCUAUGUUCCCCAACAUUCCGUCCAUUCUGGACUGGCACAGUUUACAACUGAGUGCAGUUCGCUUGCCUUGGCUUGUCAGUGGAGUCGUUCAGUUGAAUCCCAAGCUACAAUCCCAUCCGAGACUCAAUGAGGUCGCACUGACUGCCAUCACGAGAAUAGAUUUCUCUCAUAAUCAGUUGACAAGUAUUCCCGAUGAGCUCUUUCAAUUGGUUAGCCUGCGAUAUUUGAAUGUGGCCCAGAAUCGAAUCGUAGAGUUACCAACUUCCGUUGCUCUGGGAGGCAAAGCUGUUUACAAUUGUCCCGUAUUGGAUGAGCUUUACAUGCAGGACAAUCAGUUGACCAGUCUUCCAGCUGCUAUUUUUCAUCUGCCCGCUUUAACCAUACUGGACAUCUCGAAUAACAAACUCCAGCAAUUACCUUUCGACUUGUGGCGAGCACCCAAACUUCGGGAAUUGAACGUGGCAUUUAAUUUGCUCAAGGAUCUACCAGUUCCACCCAUGCAGACGAGUAGUUCACUGCUGAGUCUGGAUAAGCUGCAGCUACAGUCUUUCGAUGAACAACCAUCGAACAAGCCGCGUACGAUGACCACAAGAACCCUAAUCCAUCGUAAUCUGUGGUCGUCUACAUUGGAAAUCACGGACAACGACAUGAAAUGGCAGCAGGAGUUGAUGGACGGCCAGAACGGAUCCGUGACUGGAGCCAUUACAUCACAGUUGAGCAGCUUGAAUAUAGCAAAUAAUCUGUUUAGUAGCAUUCCGGCUGCGUUGCCAUGUCUGGCAGUCAAUUUGACCCGUCUUAAUAUGUCCUACAAUAGCCUGCGAUCCAUGGGACAUGUCACUAGUUAUCCCGCCACAUUAAAGCAAUUGGAUCUAAGUCACAACGAGAUUUCCUGUUGGCCUAGCUUGCCUCGCAUUACCGAAUCAGAUCCCCAUUUGCUGUGCUACAGUUAUGUCCAGCUACCGGAGGGAAUCGAAGAAUCGCCCAGUUAUAAGACAACAUCGUCGGUAUCCUCCACGUCCACGUGUUCCUCGUUUCGCGCAUCGGUGCUUAAAAGUGUCUGCCGGCAUAGGCGUCAUCUACGUCUCGAGUCUCUCCGUACUCUCAUCUUGGCCGAUAAUCUAUUGACUCGCAUUCAACUUUCUACCGACGAUGCCUCCACUUUGUUCAAUGAGACCGAAGAUGCGGACUGGAGUGUCUUGGGUGUGAAUAAAUCUAAAGUGAUAUUUCCAAAUCUCUCCAUGCUGGAUAUGACUAACAAUUGCCUGAAGGAGAUACCCCCUUCCCUGCACGAGCUGAGCAGCCUUUCCGUAUUGAAUAUUAGUGGCAAUGUGAAUAUAACCGAGUUGCCUCCGCAUCUGGGACUGCUCUCCAGAUUGUGGAAUCUAAACACUCGCGGAUGUUUGCUGCAGGAACCAUUGCGCUCAAUGAUCGAGAGCAAAAAGCACAAAACUAUGGACAUUGUUGGCUAUCUGAAGUCAAUCUAUGAGGAUGCACAACCCUAUGCUAGAAUGAAACUGAUGGUGGUGGGUGCAGCGGGAAUCGGCAAGAGCACCCUAUUGGAUCUGUUGCGUCAGGGCGUGGGUUCGGGCUCAGGCGCCAGUGCAUCACAGCGCUCUUCGUGGGCCAGCGAGAAUCAUUGGGCCAAGAGAAUGGGUCAUUCGCGAAGCACUUCGCGUUCGCAUCGCGCCAAUCCCAACAUUUCUACAGUCGGCGUUGAUAUUGGCACUUGGAUAUGCGAGAAGAGAAAACGUUCACCUGGCUAUCAUGGUCCUGUUGUCUUUCGAACUUGGGAUUUUGGUGGCCAGAAGGAGUACUACUCAACGCAUCAGUAUUUUCUGUCCAAGCGCAGUUUAUACUUGGUAUUAUGGCGAAUUACCGAUGCAGCUCACAAAGGAUUGACCGAUCUGCUGCAGUGGCUCAUCAAUAUACAGGCUCGAGCACCCAACUCGCCGGUCAUCAUUGUGGCCACGCAUUUCGAUUUGGUGGGUGAAUCUAUCUCUGCACAACAAGCGGAACAUUUUCAGCAGCUUAUUCGAGAGAAAUUCAUCGCCAUUCCAGAUGCAGAAAAGAUUGGUUUACCACGUGUCAUUGAUUCCAUAGAGAUUAGUUGCCGCACUUUGCACAACAUUCAUUUACUGGCAAAUAUUAUCUACGACACUGCCAUGCAAUUGCGAUCUCCGGGCUCCAAGGAGCCCAUGUUGCUACAAAAGAUUCCCGCCAGUUAUAUUGCCCUGGAAGACAUUGCCAAUGUAAUUGCUUGCAAUCUGCGUGCCUCUGGGCGUGAUCCUGUCUUGGAUGGGGAGCAAUACAGACGUCUGGUGACAGAGCAAAUGCGAGUGCACAACUACAAGGGAUUCAGGGAUGCUGCCGAAUUGCAACAGGCCACCACUUGGUGUCAUGAUAAUGGAGUUCUGCUUCACUAUGAUGAUGCCACAUUGAGGGACUUUUAUUUUCUUGAUCCCCAAUGGCUGUGCGAUAUGUUGGCCCAUGUGGUAACUGUGCGGGAAAUCAAUCCCUUUGCUCCAACGGGCGUGAUGAAGUUGGAUGAUCUCCAGUUAUUGUUUCGCAGUGUCCAUGCUCAUGUGAAUGGGAAUCGUAGCUAUAUAGUUAACCUGUUGAACAAAUUCGAAGUGGCACUCACUUGGGACUCACGCACUCUAUUAAUACCAUCCCUGUUGCCGGUGCAGGAGGGCGUCACUCUUAGUGCGGGGACCACUGUAAAGUUAUCUCAGCGUUCUCGUUCUCGGCAUGUUGGUUGCUCCGUAUCGCAAGAGUUGAACUUGAACAAUUUGAUAUACGAACAGUGUUCGCCAGGCAAUUCACCGAGCAGUCAAGGUCUUAGGCGAAUACUCUUGAUGACGUAUUUUCCCUCUGGCUUCUGGUCUCGUCUUAUCACACGUAUUCUGGCUGACGAGCAAAUCAUUGAGGCUAUACGAAGUGUUUAUGUAACUGUCCAAGAUAAAUACUUGGACUUUGAUUUGCGUUCGUCAUUGGAACAGGAUACCCAAUGGAAUCUUUGGCAGACGGGUUUGGCUCUGUAUUAUGGCAAUGUAUUAAUCUUUAAAAUCUGGGAAGUGCCAUUUCAAAAUACUGAGCGUACGCAGCCUUUUCGCACGGCUAGCAAUCGUUUUAAACUCAAACUGGAUGGCAUUUGGGGCGAUGUCAAUUUGAGUUCUUCAAGCAUUCUGGAAGUUUACUUUCCUUUACACCAAAUGACCAUCUCCCAUGAGCUGGAUAAUAGCGAAAGGGAGUUGCUCGCCGAGUUGAAGCCUCAAAUGUCGGCCGUGGCUAAAUUGUUGGCCUUAACUGUGGAUCACAUUGAUCUACUGCUGGAAGAUUGGUAUCCGGCUUUGGGUACAAGAUUUGUGCACACUUCGGAAGGUCGAUUCCUAAUAACCCGUCUUGUCUUGUGUCCACGAUGUUUGCGAAAGCUGCAGAUGCAGAAUAACGGUGAACCGCCCGUGGAUCGAGAUUUACCUGCUUCAGGCAUGGGCUGUCAUAGGCCCAGUCGCAGUGGGAAGCGUGGUGGGCCUAGUAGUGCUUACUUUUUGCAUGGAGCUGGCGAUCCAAGUGAAGAUGGCGGCCUAAAUGUGUUUUCCGCUUACUUAAAUGCAACAGCCAGGCGAGAACGACGUUCAGAGGAUUCACUAAAUGCAGGAUCCGACGCAGAUUCAGGUGUGGGUCCUGAUUCGGCUGAUUCAUCACGCAAUACAUCUGUAGAUGGCCAUCCAAAUUAUCAUCUGCCAGAUAAUUCAAAUGUCUGUUACGCUUGGAUGAUUGAGGAGUGCAUUUUAUCCGUUUACAAUCAAAGCAAACUCAGUUGUCCUGUUCAUCUGGAGCAGUCGAUGGCCCAACUGGCUCCGGAUGUAAUUUUUGCUGAUAUACCAGAGAAAUAUACGAUUCCAUCGGAGUGUAUUAUUAAGGGUUCACUUUUGGGCCGUGGAGCUUUCGGCUUUGUUUUCAAAGCAAGCUGCAAGUUACGUGGAUCCUUCAAACCAGUCGCCAUGAAAAUGCUACAACCAGUUCCACCAGGUGCAAGGGCCAAGGAGAGUGCAUUAAUGGCUUAUAAAGUGGCGUUGGGAAAAUGGGAUCGGGAUCCAUUGCAACACUCCUGCAAGGCUUAUUGCACAGCACGACAGGAAUUGGCUGUACUGCUUACUCUAAAACAUCCGAAUAUUGUUCCAUUGGUGGGAAUAUGUAUUAGACCGUUGGCUCUCGUCCUUGAACUGGCACCGCUGGGCGGUCUUGAUAGUUUACUGCGUCAGUAUCGCCGCAGCGGCGCCCACAUGGGGCCACAUACAUUCCAGACACUUGUGUUGCAAGCAGCACGGGCUAUUGAGUAUCUGCAUCGGAGAAGGAUUAUCUAUCGGGAUUUGAAGUCGGAAAAUGUACUCGUUUGGGAACUACCGCAGCCACACACCGAAGAUAAUCCACGGAAUCAUGUGCAUAUCAAAAUUGCAGAUUAUGGCAUUAGCAGGCAGACAGCACCAAGUGGAGCCAAGGGUUUUGGAGGAACCGAAGGUUUUAUGGCCCCCGAAAUCAUACGCUACAACGGCGAGGAGGAGUACACAGAGAAAGUGGACUGCUUCUCCUUUGGCAUGUUCAUCUACGAGAACAUAAGCUUGCGUCAGCCUUUUGAGGGUUAUGAGUCGAUUAAAGAAUGCAUUCUCGAAGGCAGUCGUCCAGCUCUGACACAUCGCGAGACACAAUUUCCCACUUGUUGUCUUGACCUAAUGGUUCUUUGCUGGCACGAGCAGCCUCGUCGUCGGCCCACUGCCAGUCAAAUUGUCUCCAUACUUAGUGCUCCAGAGUGCAUUCACCUGCUUGAUGUAGUUGCUCUACCCCACAGCGAGAAAGUUGUCUGCGGUCUCUUUUAUAGCCCAAUAUGUGGAGGUGACGAGGAACGUUCUAGUCUGGAGUUAUGGCUCCCAUCCUUUGGAUCUCGCAUUGAUAUUUUGGAUGUCACACCUGGUGGCAACUUGGUGCAAUGCAGCAGCAUCAGCUGUGCUUCUCAGACUCAGAUGGUGCCGCCGGCAAAGACGCCACCCGAAAGCGGGCGUGCCCGAUCUGGCCAUCGUCUGCCCAAAGUUAAUAUGCUUUGCUGCUGUCUAGUGGAAGAGGCCAUUUGGAUGGGCGAUGUGUCUGGCAAUUUGCAUGCCUAUAGUACAGUCAGCUAUGAGCAUUUGUUUUCCUACAUGCUCGAUCCGGCUAUUAAAUCUGCUGUGAUAAGUCUAGUCUAUAUGGAAGGAAUAGCCCGAGUUGCUGUCGGGUUACACAAUGGGCGAGUGUUUCUAGUGGAUGCGACACUGGUGCCAAGUAAUUGUGCAUUUGCCGAAGGAAGUUUCGUGCUCACCGAAAUUUGUUCUGGCUUUGUGUUGCAUGCGGCCUGCUCAGUCUUAGUAGAUGGCAAUUACGAGUUGUGGUGCGGUGAAAUAGCCGGUAAAAUGAACGUCUUUCCCUUAAACGAGUCCGGCGUAUGCGGUCAUCAGGCUCUCUGCCACAGCGAAGAACCCAAUCUGAUUGAGGAUGUUAAGGUCACUCGACUCUGCAGUAAUAAUAGUCAUGUGUUUAGCUGUCUCUAUCCUGGAUGCAUGGUUUAUCAAUGGGGUGUUAGUUCAAAACGGAUUGAAAACAAAUUGGACUGUUCAAAACUGUUGCCCUGCUCCGAGUCAUUGCAGAGUAUUGCCCUUGACGAGCAUGUUAGCUUGAUCAAGUGUCAGAUAUCGGCGUUGGCGGCCCACAAUACAGAGCUAUAUAUUGGCACUACUUGGGGUUGUCUAAUCGUGGCCGAAUUACAAACACUGCGACCGAUCAGUGUAUUCCGACCAUACGAAAAUGAAAUCAAGGCUAUUGUAACUGUGCCCAAUGGCAGCGUAUCAUUAAUUGCCACCAUUGGACGACGCUAUCGAUCACUGAUCUCACGCUAUGUGGAUAUGGCCGAGACUUCUGGCCAGUGCGCUUCUACAGUGAGUACACCCACGCAUGGUGCUGCUAAAUCCUUGCCGCCAACUGAUGUGGACAAUAACAUUCAUUGUCUACUGUGGCGCGCCAAGAAUUGGACCUAAAAAUCGGAUCUCAGUUGACCCAGGGGUGCAAUGUUGUUAAUAAUAAUCGUAUAAAUUUAUUUAAUCGGAUAAUCAAUUUCAUUCCAUUUCUGAUAAUAAACUUUUACUAAUUAA